CACACACAUGUGUACGGCAGUGUACCCACAGCAACAGCCGCGCCCAGGGUGUGCACCACCGGGGCAGGUUACGGUGGUCACAGCGCCGUGGCUCAGUGCCACUCUCACCACACGCACACAGCCCCUUUGGAGAACAGCAAGUGGGUUGGGGACCCGGAGCGGUGACGGUGGGUCCUGGCCACCUCAUGCUGACCAUGAAUGCCCUGAGCAGCUCCCCGUUUUUGUUUUCUACACUGCAACCUGCCAAAAUCUGGAGCGUGGCCACGUCUCAGCCCCCACGCCCAGGAAGUCCUGUGGAGCAUCAGCGUCGUUAAGCGCUUACAGAACUUAAUGAGCCCUUUGCGGAGGGCAGGCGUGGGCAGGAGGUGUGGCUCGGCGGCGGUGGGAACCUGUAGAUCAUGUCUGGAAGAAAGGCAUCUUGUGACACCCCAGCUGACCUCAGUCGCCCACGGGAAGCACAGGGACGGCCAUCCCCAGCCGAGAGGCACCGUGCGUCCCCCUGGUGUGACCCACCAGACUCCGUGCCCCCUUCCCCUGAGCGUGUUUCGCCCCUGGCUGAGGCUUCUCCAGCAUCUCUGCCACCACCGCACCACGGGACAUGGCUGCCAAGAAAGUAGCUAUCAUCGGGGCCGGUGCCUCUGGCCUGUGUGCUCUGAAAUGCUGCCUGGAUGAGGGGCUGGUACCCACCUGCUUCGAGAGGAGCGGGGACAUCGGGGGGCUCUGGCGCUUCGAGGAGCACCCCGAGGAGGGUCGCGCCAGCAUCUACCGCUCCGUCAUCAUCAACACCUCCAAGGAGAUGAUGUGCUUCAGCGACUUCCCCAUCCCCGAGGACUUCCCCAACUACAUGCACAACUCCAAGAUCAUGGAGUAUUUCCGCAUGUACGCCCGGCGCUUCGACCUGCUCCGCCACAUCCGCUUCAGGACCAGUGUCUGCCGUGUGACCAAGCGCCCCGACUUCGCCACCACGGGCCAGUGGGAGGUGGUGACGGAGAGCGAGGGGAAGCAGGAGUCAGCUGUCUUCGACGCCGUGCUGGUGUGCACCGGGCACCACACCGAGGCACAUCUCCCGCUGAGCACCUUCCCAGGGCUGGAAAAGUUUGAGGGCUGGUACCUGCAUAGCCGGGACUACAAGAGCCCACAAUCCUUUUUGGGGAAGCGGGUGGUUGUGGUCGGCACUGGAAAUUCCGGCAUCGACAUCGCGGUGGAGCUGAGCCACGCAGCCAAGCAGGUCUUCCUCAGCACCAAGCGUGGGACCUGGGUGAUGCACCGGGUGGCAGACGGGGGGUACCCCUUUGACUUCACCUACAUCAGCCGCUUCAUACAGCUCCUCCUGAGCCUGCUGCCUCACACCACCACCAGCUUUUUCAUGGAGAGGAAGCUGAACGCCCGUUUUGACCAUGCACUUUAUGGCCUCCUGCCCCAGCAUCGGAUCUUUGACCAGCACCCGACUAUCAAUGAUGAUCUGCCCAACCGCAUCAUCUCAGGGAGGGUGAAGGUGAAGCCAAACAUCCAGGAGUUCACAGAGACGUCUGCCAUCUUCGAAGAUGGCACUAGGGAAGACAUUGACGCUGUGGUCUUCGCCACAGGAUACAGCUUCUCCUUCCCCUUCCUUGAGGGCUGUGUGAAGGUGGUGGAGAACCAGAUUCCGCUUUACAAAUUCAUGUUUCCCCCUGACCUGCAGAAACCAACACUGGCUUUCAUCGGCCUCGUCCAGCCCCUGGGUGCCAUCAUGCCCAUCUCUGAGCUCCAGUGUCGCUGGGCCACCCGUGUCUUCAAGAGGCUGCAGGAGCUGCCACCAUCCACCAACAUGCUGGCUGAAAUCACACAAACCAAGGAGAAAAUGGCUGAGCGGUACGUGAAGAGCCAGCGGCACACCAUCCAGGUGGAUUACAUUCCCUACAUGGACGAGCUCGCCUGCCAGGUGGGGGUCAAGCCCAACCUGCUCGUCCUCUUCCUCACCGACCCCAAGCUGGCACUGGAGGUGGUCUUUGGGCCCUGCACGCCAUACCAGUACCGCCUGCGUGGCCCGGGCAAGUGGGCAGGAGCCAGGGAGGCCAUCCUCACCCAGCGGCAGCGUGUCGUCAGGCCCCUGCGAACAAGAGCCAGGGACCGCCCUAGCCAUGCCAGCAGCGUGCCCCACAUCUUCAAGGUCUUCUUCAGCAUUGGUUUGAUUGUGGCCACCCUUGUCUAUGUCUCACUCUCUCCUUAACCCAAAAUGAAGGUUCGCCAGCGGGUCCUGCUGGCAACCUUCUUCCUUUCCUUUGGGCUUGGGUAUUUCUGUAGUCUCCUGCUAGGUCUGCUGCCAGGUCAGGAGGCUCGGAGGGAGCUGGUUCCUUGAAGAUGCAGCCUGGUCUGUCUCACCUUCCAGGGCCACAGAAGGUCUUGUUGGGAGCUGCUCUGAGGACAGGGAUCACUCCCUGUUUCCCUAAAUCCUGGCCCAGGGGCUCCACAAGCUCUACCCAUGGGUUAGACUGGCGCAGAGGCAGUGGGGAAAACAUGAACUUGCCCAGU